AACUUAAUUACUGUGAUUAGAAGAAAAGCGAUGAUUCACACGCGCACACCAGCGAGGUUUCCUUGUGUUGUGAAUUGUAACUCCGGAGCCAAUACAGCGUCAUUCAUGUGCUCUAUUGAAGUUUUUCACGCGAUCUCUCCUCGCCUCCACGAGAGAGCCAGUCGCUGCGUCCGAGCCGCCCGCGUCGCGCCGUCGUCUCACGAUCUCUUUAACUUUUCUAAUAAAAGUUGAAAUACGUACUUAUAAUCGCGAAUAAAAAUUGAUAAUCCACAUUUAUCAAGUAAAAAGUUGUGCGCUAGCAAUGUAGUUGAACUUACCGACUUGUAUAACAACAACAGUUUUGUUUAAUCAUAAUAUUUUUAAGAUUUUUUGCACUAUUAGUUUCGUUCGCGUAACAUGCAAAUCGUGAUUUCAUAACUUACAGUGAAAAUGUGUUGUUAAAACCGGACAAUAGACAUUGAAAUAAAAUUCCACAGUUUUUAGAUUGUGCCGUUAAUGAGAGAGAGUUGUUUUUAUGUAACGUUUUAAUAAAUCCGUUGAUGCAAAAAUGUGAUAGAUAUAAGUGUGGGUCGGUUAGUUUUUGAUGGUAAAUGAUUUAACAUUAAUCGUAGAAACAAGUCGUGCCGGAUGAGUUUAGCAAGUGUGCCGUGUGACUGCGAUUUCACCUGCGGCCGCGUCACGCACGUUCGCGUACCCGUCCAUGGUUCUUGCUUCUUUCAUGAGCGUUUGGUCCGAUUAGAAUUAUAUUAACAUGAGCAUCUCUACCGGAUUGUAUUUGUACGUGAUACGUGAUAGUGAAAGUGCGCGCAAUGCCCGCGAUCAGCUGAGUGCCGAGCAGUGAGCUAGUGCCCGUUUGGUGACGUCUCGAUCGCGUGCCGUCGACGACAUGGGCCAUGUGGAGAAUUUGCGGCGUCAGUAAGGCCGAGCCAGUGCUGUUCUCUAGGGGCAUCGAUGACGACUUUCAGCCGACAUGGCGGUUGUGGGGCGAGGAGCGCGUGGACGGCGCCAUCUACACGGUCUACCUCAAGAAGGUGCGCUACCACCGCCCGACGCGCUGCGCUUCCAGUGAGUCUGACGACGAGAUCUCACACCUGGAGUGGGAGACGGUGCGCGUGCGCUUCGUGAAAGCCGGUACCGUCGAGAGACUCGUCGAGGCCCUGGCCACCGACGAUGGCGAGCUCGAGUCCACUUACGUCAACGUCUUCCUCGCCACAUACCGCUCCUUUGCGGAGUGCAGCCGUGUUUUAGAUCUGCUAUUGCGUCGGUACGAGGCACUGGCGGCGGAGGAUGUGCUCCCCACGAUCAGUGACACGUCGCAACAACAUAGAAAGACUCUGGUGGCAUGUCUCCACGUUUGGCUGGACACCUACCCGGAGGACUUUCGGCAGCCCCCGCACCACCCCGCACUGCAGCAGCUCCUCGCCUUCACGCAGCUCCACCUGCCUGGCUCUGAGCUACACUCGAAGGUGUUGCAGAAGCUAGCGAUAUUCAGUGCGGAACGAAAUGGCAGCGCUGGCGGCGGUGGUGGCGGCGUGUGCCUCGCGCCCGGCAUGCGCGUUGCGGCGCACCACACCAGCGCCUACCGCCUGCCGCACGUGCCGCACCGCCACUUCGCCGAGCAGCUCACGCGAAUGGACAUGGAGCUGUUCAAGAAGCUCGUCCCGCACCAGUGCCUCGGCGCUGUGUGGUCGCGCCGCGACAAGGACCGCUCGCACGACGCCGCCACCGUGCUCGCCACCGUCAACCAGUUCAACGCGGUGUCCUUCCGCGUCAUCUCCACCGUGCUCGUCGAGCCGCACCUGCGCCCGGUCGAUCGCGCCGACAUCCUCGCGGCGUGGCUCGACAUCGCCCGCGAGCUGAGAGUUUUGAAAAACUUCUCAUCACUAAAAGCCAUAAUUUCCGGAUUACAAAGUAAUACCGUUUAUAGGUUAAGGAAAACGUGGGCACUGUUGUCCAAAGAGAAGAGCGAACUGUUUGAAGAAUUAGCAAGAAUAUUUAGCGAGGAUAACAACCGUUGGGCUCAACGGGAGCUCUUGAUGAGAGAAGGUACGGCAAAAUUUGCAGAUACCGUCGGUGAAAAUGACCGACACUUGCAAAAAUUGCUUCACGAGCGAGGAUCCCCGGGCGUCAGCCACGGGACGAUCCCUUAUCUAGGUACGUUUUUAACAGAUCUCACGAUGAUCGACACUGCCAUUCCCGACACUGUUGCCGAUGGACUGAUUAACUUCGAUAAGAGAAGAAAGGAGUUCGAAGUUCUAGCUCAAAUAAAGUUAUUACAAGGUGCUGCGAACGCUUAUCACUUGCCUACCGACCCGAUGUUCGACAGGUGGUUCGAUUCUGUGCUAGUGCUCGACGACAGAGAGGCGUACCAACUAUCCUGUCAAAUCGAACCACCGACCAAUCCACCGAAAGAACGGCGUGCGAAGAAAAUUAACGAGAACAACAACCACUGUCAUAGGAAAAAUGAUUCCAUCGCCAGCACGAGUUCUAGUAAUAGUUCACAGUUUUACUGCGAGACCGACGGCGCUGGAAACGCCUGGAAGAGAGAUAGCUUAGAGAGACGGAUCUCACCUACUAGAUUAUCACACGGUUCCUCUUCAUCAUCUUUGCCAUCGUUAGAUAUAUCGCUUUCAAGUGCGAACAGUGGUCAAAAGCAGGCGAAUGGCAAAGUAGUUGGUACUAGUCCUGCUCACGCGAAUAAUACUCGGACGGGUCCAGAUUUCUAUAUAAUAAGAGUGACAUAUGAAACAGACUGUGUGGAAACGGAAGGUGUAGUGUUGUACAAGUCCAUAAUGCUCAGUAACAAUGAGAGAACGCCGCAGGUGAUCCGCAACGCCAUGCUCAAACUGAAUCUCGACGGCGAUCCUGACUCUUACACUUUGGCACAAGUGUUGCCUGACAAGGAAAUGCUGUUGCCAGCGAACGCCAACGUUUACUACGCAGUCAACACGGCCUAUAACCUGAACUUCAUACUGAGACCUCGAAAGAACCAGCAGGAUGAGCCUCUUGUGAACGGCAAAGCCAGGAAUAGACGAACUUGAUUAUACCUCAACGUGCAAUCUUUAUUCUGCUGUUCGUUUACGUGUAAAUAAUACAUCCCAUUCAAGAACAGGAUAUGCUUAAGCCUAAAUCGUACAUAACGCGCGACGGAGACUGCGGUAGUACUCACACCGGACGCGCGCGUACACGUGUCCGACCUGCAUUACAGUACGGUUAGUAUGAGUUAUACACCUCACCAACGUUGAUAGAAUUCGAGCGUCAAUACACAAUAACGUCUGAUUAAAAUCAACCUAAAAUUCGUUGAUUUAAAGUCAAAAAUUUAGUACCAUCGAUUUUAAUUUCGCAAAGUUGUAGCACUGGCUUUACAUAACAUUACAACAAGGACGUUUAGUUCAAAUUUAUUUUGAUGUUAUUUAUAUUAAUUCGACUGCCAAAUUCUAUCAACGUUAGUGAGAUGUAAAACUCUCGUACUAAAUUGAAGUGGCUUUGGACACGUCCCAUCGCGCACUGGCUUUGAUACAAAGGACUUUCAUUACUAGUGUAGAAUUAUUCAUUAACUACUUCCAUUAGGACUAUAACUAGUACUAAAUUACUUGUGCCUCAUAUUAACUUAAAAUUGAUUGAAUGGUGAUUGAAAGUUGCGCUUAGAGCGCGUGUGUUCGUAAAUCUGAGAGCAGGCACUUUUAGAUAUUUUGUAAAAUAAUUCGAACCGGAAUGUUUAGGUGGUCCUUAUUUGCAUAGUGAGUACUAUCAGGUUGAAAUCUUUGAGACUUUGCUUAGACAAGUUUCAGUUAAAACGAGACAGAUUUAUGCCAGCCAAUGCCAGCUAUAUAACGCUGUCUCUUUUUAACAGUCUGAGCAAAGACAAUGCGCUCUAUAGAUCUCAACCUCAGACUAGGUUCAUUUAGUCACGUGACCCAAGAAAAAUACCUACGGCAGACUGCUCGCCUUCGA